AUGGAAGAUGAUAAUUCAGAGGCAAAAUUUGGAAACGAUAAGCUCCAGCUUCAUGUCAUGACUAGUUUCAAGAUGACUUUUUCAAGUUGUGGUUAUUUUGAUCUGAACUAUUCUCUUCUUCAGAUGAUUGCAUCUACAACAGCAGUGUACGUUGUGAUUAUUAUGCAGUUUGAUUUAUCUUGUUCCUGUAUCAAUUCUAAUUUAUAA